AUGGGAUUGCUUUCCAAUAAGAUUGAGAGGGAACAACUGAAUCCUGGCGAUCACAUUUACUCUUGGAGACAUGUUUACAUCUAUGCACAUCACGGAAUAUAUGUUGGUGAGGGAAUGGUGAUUCAUUUCACCAGGAGAGCAGGCCAAGAAAUUGGAACAGGAACUGUCUUGGACCAUCUCCUUAUAAGUUCACCUCCCUCUCAUGCUAUUGACACUCCUUGCCCAAGAUGUGGUGACCAAACAAGGAAUGAUGGUGUAAUCUCUUCCUGCUUGGAUUGUUUUCUUUCUGGGGGUGAUUUAUAUCUCUUUGAGUAUGGUGUCUCACCUGCAUUUUUUCUAGCCAAAGCUCGAGGAGGUACAUGCACUCUUGCCUCUUCUGACCCAACUGAACAUGUCCUUCACCGUGCUUUGUUUCUUCUUGAGAAUGGAUUUGGUAGCUACAAUGUCUUCAAGAAUAACUGUGAAGACUUUGCAAUUUACUGCAAAACAGGUCUGCUUUUACUCACAAGCAUCAAUGUAGGCCGGAGUGGCCAAGCGGCAUCUUGCCUUGCUGCUGCUAGUGCUAUAGUUUCUUCACCACUUCGAUUUAUGACCACUAGUUUUAGUGGUCUCUCAUUGGUUGGUUGUGGCAUGUACUGUGUUAGCAGAUUGGUUUCUGAUGUUGGAGUACGCAGUGAUGUUACUAAAGUUCCAGUUGAGAAGAUAGCUGAGAUUGCCAAGGAAGACUAACAGGGUUGCACAAU